GGCCCAAAAAAGAGUCUGGUCGCGAGAGCAGAACCCUGACAUCUUCGCCAUGGCACGUUCAAAAGCCCCGAAACCUUCACUGACCAUGGCAUACCUAAGCCUACUCCUGGCAGCGGUCGGAGUGGUUUUGUCCUUGGUGGCCUUGGUUGGCAUUUGGUGGUUUGGCGAGAUCAACCCGGCAAUCUUUGGAGGAGCCUUCAAGGGUAGAGGUAGCCUCAGCCUGUGGGGCUUUGCGACCUCUGCCGAUUUGCUGGGCAUCAGUUUGCCCACCACCUUCCUGGAACUGGAUGAUGGUGCCUGUGGGCCUUCCUCACCCCUGCGGGGCGAGGCCAUGCCAUGACUCCCUUCAACUUCACAUGGCCAUGAAAAUCCUACCAAGUUGUAGACACUUCUCUUGUUCCCCUGACACACAAGGUGUCAAGAUUCUGAUGUGCAGAGUGGCAGGAGAUGUGUCGAAGGCUCCACGCCAUACGAGGAUUGGUGUGCCACCUUAGAAUGUACUGUGAGCCCGUCGCUGUAAAAUGUUAGGAUGGCGUGACAGGAGUUUGACAUACCACGACGUUGUCUCAUCUGUUGCUUUCAUGGGAUUUGCUCUGAUAUCUUCGAUCUUCGCUCUAUUUGCAAUGGGCGACUGCUGUCAUGGUAAACACAGAAUCAGGAGUCAGCUAUCUACAGCUUUCAUGGCCAUGGUCUCUGUAGCUUGCAUGGUUUGUGCACUGGCCAUUGGUUGUUCGACGGACACUGAACAUGUGAUGAUGGAGUUUGGUGGGAUGGGUGCCGCAUUCUACAGUGCGGUGGCUCAAAUCUUGGUGGGCUUUGUGGCAGUGAAUAUCUCUUGUGUUGGUGGGUGCUUUCUGCUGACUGGCCAGCCAAAAGAAGAUGCCAGGGCUAUACACAAUUCCGAGGCAUCAGGAGUGUGACCCCAGUGGCACAGUGCCGUAGCUAGCUGUUGUCCACCUGCGACAUAUAGCGACUAAACUAAACUUGAUAUGUACAGCUUCUCAGCAUUUUAUCCGGUGGCAAGGUCCAUUGGAAAUUCGCUCUUUGAAGCGACUUCAUGGCGGUUGAAGUGGGCUCUGUACAGCGAAACAGAGAUGUUUCGGAGGUGUUCUGGUGAGGCAAGACCCUGUAAAGUGCCACUUGCGUGCCCGAAAAAAGGGGUGCUAAAUUCCAG